UAUUUAUUUUCUACUCACACACAGACACACACACAUGCACGCACAUGCACACUACCUUUAACAUGCUUCCUCUUCCCGAGCGAAAACAACAACAACAGCAACUGAGAGAAAAACCUUUAAAAUGCGUUUUUCUUAUGACAAAAAUUUUUUAGUUGACAUGCCAGGCCACUAAAAACCAAAAAAAAAUAUAUUAAAAAAGUAAAAAGAGCUGAAAAUGCAAAAGUGCUGUGACAACCACAUAUAAAUGAAUAGUAGGAAAAAAGUUUAAUACAUUAAAAACAAAUACCACAAACAAAGUCAACGUUUUCGCCGUGCUGCAACAAAAAACACCACAAAUUUUUUACAUAUUUACAUUAAUGAUCUUGUAAAUAUUGGGACGCAUUGCCACGAAAAGUGCAGUUGCGAUCUAACAAUAUCGCCAAUAUAUCCUCAAAAAGAAAGCUAUGGCCGAUUGUUCAUAUGUGAGAUGCCAGCAAGAGCGUCGGCUCAUCAAAAAGAAGCUAUUGAAAUGGUCCACGGAUAUGCUGCAUAUUGUGGCCCUAGAACGCGUUGCUGAAGAAUGUAUGGGUCGCAGGCAAUGGAAACAUUAUCAAGACAUACUGACGUGCAGCCACUUGAAUAUCGAGGAGCAACAGCCCAUAGCAAUAGCCGGUUCCGAGGACGAGCCAUCGCAAUACAACCACAGCAGCAAGGAGAUCAGCCAGAGCAAUCCCAACCACUGUAAGACAGAGAACCACCGUCUGGAGCAGCACCACAACGGCAGCCAGCUACUGGAAGAAGAUUCUGAGAACAACCAAACAUCACACGAUUCAUCACGUACACCAACACCGGGAGCCACCAGUACACCAUCACCACCGCCAGAACCCAUCGAUUGGAGACCGUCGGCCAAGUGCAACUUCUGUGUUAACGGUCGCCUGCUAACGGUUAACGCCCAGGGCAAGUUGGUGGCCGAGUCAGCAGCAACUGCCACUAGUAGUAGCACUAGUAAUAGCCACAUUCAUCAGCACGACAGUGACAGCAACUCGAGCGCAUCACUGCCCCACCACAUCAGCAGCAGCAGCGGCAGCAACAACAAUAGCAGUGGCAACAGGGCACGCCACAUUGCUGCUGCAAGUGCAAGAGCAACACCAGCAGCGGCCACACCCGCCAACUCCCUCGAACUCUACAAGCUGCUGACCCAGCGGGCAGCCAAAAUGACAUCGAUGGACUCGAUGGCCGCCCAGCUGGCGCAAUUCUCACUGCUGGCCGACUUCAAUCUGAUCAACUCGCUGGCCAGCCAACAGCACCAGCAGCAGCAGCAGCAACAGCAACAGAUCGCUAGUGCGGUAACGCCAACUACCUCAGAAGUAUCUGCAGCCGCAAUCAGUCCCGCACUCAAAGAUACACCCAGUCCCAGUGCGGAUGCACCGCUCGAUCUUAGCAGCAAACCAUCGCCGAACUCAUCGAUUAGCGGCGAUGUGAAGUCCGUCAGAGCCUGUGCCACGCCCACGUCAUCGGGAAGAAGGGCGUACAGUGAAGAGGAUCUGAGCCGGGCCCUGCAGGAUGUGGUGGCCAACAAGCUGGAUGCCCGGAAAUCGGCUAGCCAGCACCACGAGCAGCGCUCCAUUCUGGACAACCGGCUGUUCAAGAUGAAACACCAGGACCAGGAUCAGGAUCAUGAUGGCGACGAGCUCGAGGACUCCAACGAUGAUGCUGAGGCGGAAGUGGACAGCAAUGCGUCGACACCGGCGUAUCCGGCAGAGUUUGCAAGGGCACAACUGCGCAAACUGAGCCACCUGUCCGAGCACAAUGGCAGCGAUCUGGGCGAGGAUCUGGAUCGUGGAUCACCGAAAAUGGGGCGACAUCCGGCCUGCGGCAAUGCCAGUGCCAAUCAGGGCGCUCCGCCAUCCAUUCCGCUGGAUGCCAAUGUCCUGCUGCACACUCUGAUGCUGGCAGCUGGCAUCGGAGCAAUGCCCAAGCUGGAUGAGACGCAAACGGUGGGCGACUUGAUCAAGGGUCUGCUGGUGGCCAACACUGGUGGCAUGAUGAACGAGGGACUGCUGAAUCUGCUGUCCGCCAGUCAGGAGAACAGCAAUGGUAAUGCCUCGCUGCUGCUGCAACAGCAGCAGCAUCAGCAACACCAUCAACAGCAGCAGCAGCAUGUAGCCGCCUACCGGCAUCGCCUGCCCAAGUCGGAGACUCCGGAAACGAACUCCUCUUUGGAUCCGAACGAUGCCAGCGAGGAUCCCAUACUGAAGAUUCCGUCCUUCAAGGUCAGCGGUCCGGCCAGCAGCAGCAGCCUGUCGCCGAGCGGACUGGUAGGUGGUCACCACCAUACGCUGAACAACAACAACAGCCUCAGCAUCAGCAACAACAGCAACCACAGCAGCAACAGCCAUCGGAACGGCAGCAAUCGCAGCCCGCAUUCCGCAUCGCCCAUGCUGGCCGCGGCCGUGGCCCAAGGUGGCUACUCCGCCGGCAACAGUUUGCUGACCUCAUCCUCGUCCAGCAUACAGAAGAUGAUGGCCAGCAAUAUCCAGCGGCAGAUCAACGAGCAGAGUGCCCAGGAGAGUCUCAGGAACGGGAAUGUUAGCGAUUGCAGCAGCAACAAUGGCGGCUCCUCCUCGCUGGGAUACAAGAAGCCGAGCAUUUCGGUGGCCAAGAUCAUUGGCGGAACGGACACCUCACGGUUCGGAGCCUCGCCCAAUCUGCUGUCCCAACAGCACCAUCCGGCUCACCACCUGACCCACCAGCAACAGCAGCAGCAGCUAAGCGCCCAGGACGCAUUGGGCAAGGGAACGCGACCAAAAAGGGGCAAGUAUCGCAACUACGACCGCGACAGUUUGGUGGAGGCGGUCAAGGCGGUGCAGAGAGGUGAAAUGUCGGUUCAUCGGGCGGGCAGCUACUACGGCGUACCGCAUUCCACGCUGGAGUACAAGGUCAAGGAGCGUCACCUGAUGCGACCGCGCAAGCGGGAGCCCAAGCCGCAGCCCGAUCUCGUCGGCCUGACCGGACCAGCCAACAAGCUGCAGCUGGACAAACUGAAGGCGGGACCACAUGGUGGCUCCAAGCUGAGCAAUGCCCUUAAGAACCAAAACAACCAGGCGGCUGCGGCGGCGGCGGCAGCAGCAGCAGCAGCGGCCGCUGCCACGCCCAACGGCCUGAAACUGCCCCUCUUCGAGGCGGGUCCACAGCAGUUGUCCUUUCAGCCGAACAUGUUCUGGCCCCAGACGAACGCCACGAAUGCCUACGGCCUGGACUUCAAUCGCAUCACGGAGGCGAUGCGGAAUCCCCAGGCCUCCAAUCACCACGGCCUGUUGAAGAGUCCCCAGGACAUGGUGGAGAACGUGUACGAUGGCAUCAUCAGGAAGACGCUGCUGGCGAGCGAGGGCAACGGCAGUGCGGCGGGUAAUGGCAGCAACGGCAGCAAUGGCAACGGGCAUGGGCACGGGCAUGGCCAUGGACACGCCCUGCUCGAUCAGCUGCUGGUGAAGAAGACCCCCUUGCCGUUCACCAACCAUCGGAACAAUGACUACGCCGCCACCAGCGGGGAGAGCGUGAAGCGGUCGGGCAGUCCCAUGGGCAACUAUGCGGACAUCAAGCGGGAGCGCCUGAGCGCCGACAGCGGCGGCAGCAGCGAUGAGGAGCACUCGGCCAGCCACAUCAACAACAACAACAGCGAUUUGGCGCACAACAAGAACAAGAGCGGCGGCGGCGGCAAUGGCCAGACCAAUGGGAACGGCAGGAGCAGCCGGAUGACGUCGCGGGAUGACUCCGAAACGGAUGCCAGCAGUUUGAAGAGCGGCGAAAGUGGCGGCCAGCAAAACCAUAAAAUGAUGGAUCUCAAUGGCGGCAGCAGCAGCAGCAGUCACAUCAAGUGCGAAUCGGAGGCGGCCACCGGACACCACAGUCCUGGACACCACACCACAUCCAUACUGCACGAGAAGCUGGCCCAGAUCAAGGCCGAGCAGGCGGACCAGGCGGAUCAGUUAUAGGAGCAGCCGAUGGCCUCGAAUCCAGCGUUCGCCUGGCCACCGCUGGCCGCCCACUACUACAGCUUCUAGGCGGAGGGAAGGGGGAACACCAAAUUAAGCCACGUUUUUUGAUAGUACCAUACAAAUCACUAUAUAGAAUUAUAUAUAUAUAUACAUAUAUAAUAAUUUAUGCCAGCCAGCUGACCGAUGUGCGUGGUAAAUGUGCGCUAGCUCUUAGUUAAAUGUGUAAUCAACUGCAUAGGGGAAAAACAAAACCACAGGAAAUCAUAAACAACAACAAACAAAAAAAAAAACAAAAAUAGCAAGUAAAGAAACAUACAUUUGUGCCCCGGAGUGUACGAUGUAUAUUUUUGUUUCGUUUUGACAAUCGACAAAUAGGCAUUCUCUUGUACAAACUUUCUUAAAAGCUAACAACAAAACAAAUCUAAAACCUUAAGACCAAAAAAAAAAACAAAAAAAGAAAAAAACGAAUACUGAGCAAAAACCAAGAACCAUUUUCAUUUUGCAUCUCGUUUCGAAUCGCAUUUUUGUGUUGAGCAUAUUUUUUACUGAACAGUAAAUAAAACAGUCCAAUGGGAAAAUAUAUAUAGCAGAAAUAUAUAGCACUUACAAGCCAACAACUUAAUCGACUUCUGUUUUGGCCAGGUUUCUGGCCCUCGAGCUGCGAUUUUCGCACAUUCCAUAAGAUACUCUUAUGUUCCAUAAUACAUGUAGUUUUCUUUCGCAAAUUUCUAGAGCCGCAGCUCAAACAGGGCCAAAACCAAAAAAAUGGCCAGGCAGUUGUCCUCGACAUAGACACAAUGAGUAUAGCCAACAACAGCAACUACAACAACAAUAACUACAGCAAAGAGACCACUAGCAACAACAACAGCAAUAUCCGAUCAAUAACAACAACAAACAGCAAAACAAGCAAUAAUAAUACAAGACUCUACAAUACAAAGAAAUGAAACAAUGAAAUAGCAAAAUUCAAAAAUAUAAACCGAAAAACAACAAUCAAAAACCAAAACAAAAUUAUCCAAAAAAUUCAACAUUUUUUAUGAUUUCAAAAGAUGAAAAUACAAAACGGAAAUCAAUAAACAAAGCUGCCUUCACAUUUACAAAUUAAAUAAAUUAGUAAGCAAAGCGAGACAAAGCACACAAAAUAAUAAUUCAAAUGAAACGCAAACGCAGAGUAAAAAGCAAACAAUUUUCGAAUAUCAGUCCCAAAUUACAUUUUUAUUUUGAAAAAUUCAAAAACCUAAGAAUACAAAAUAUUACACCCCAAAACAUUCAAAAUUAUUUUCAUUCGAAAAAAAUUUCACACAUAUUCAAAUAUAGUAAUCAAAAUUAAAGUGUUUCGGUGUUAAAAAAUAAAAGAAAAAAUUACAAAAAUAUAUAUAUCUGUGUUUAGGCUUUAAAACGGAAAUUUGAAAACAAAAUUUCAAAAUUUCGGCUUAAAAGUAAAAAGAAAUAAAAAACAAAACAAAUUUUGAGAACACACAUUUCAUGUACAGUCGCCUAACCACCAAAAGUAAGAAAGAUUAAAUAUAUAAAGACUUUUUAUUACUAUAUACCAUAUGAUAUAUAUUUGUAUAUUUAUGUAUGUGUGUGUCUUCAUCACUACGCGUAUACCUCAAACCAAACACAUGAUCAUUUUGAGCAACUAAAUAUAUUUAAAUGUACUUAUACACUCUACACACUCUUUUACAGAAGAGCAAAACAUAUUUACACAGUUAAACCCCCCCAAUCCAAAUCUUUGGCCCUCCUUUCGACGUAUCUACAUUUCGUUUGACUUUGAAAUUCUAUCUAUGGGUAAACAACUACUAACUAAAUGUCUGCGUAAAUGAAAAUAGAUGAAAAAUUAUAUAAAUGUACCUAAAAACAUAUUUUGUGUGCUAGCUAGUAAGUGUCGAAAGAAAAAAAAAACCAUACAAAAACGAUAUACAAUAUAUUUAAAUGAAGAUGAGAUGAGGAAAAUUGUCGGAAAUAUUUGAAAAUAUUUAGCGAAUUAUAAUACAAGAAACAGUCAAAGGUAUGGCAAGGAAAAUUGUGGAAAAUAGCAAGCGAAAUGCGUUUAAUAAUUAUAUUGAAAUCAUUUAAAGGCAUUUAAUAUAUUUAUCAUUUCCACGAUGCGCUGGAUAAAAAAGUAUUUAUUGGCUAAUCUCCCAAAUUACAUUUGAUGUGCAUAAAUGUUGUGGUUUAGAAUCAAAAUCAAAGGUAACAAAAUUAAAAGUUAAGGCUUAAAAAUGUAAAAAAAAAUUUAAUACAAUUAUGAAUUUUGGUAUAAUAGCGGAGAGUUCUGCGAACCUAAAGGAAUUCAAAAUGUUUAUUAUAUGAAAAAUGGAAAAAAAUGGAAGGGAAAAUAGGCGGGAGUAGAUAAAGAAUGGAUGGAAAUAAAUCAAAAAGUAUUUAUUGCUAAUUUAAUUAUAUUUGAAGUAUACAUACAUAUUUAUUAUAUACAUACAUAUAUAUUAGACACACUAUCUGUGAUUAAUAAUCCAAAAUUUUGAAGAGCAUUUUCUGAAAUAACGUUGGCUAAGCAUAUGCGAAAAGACAAAACCAAUGGAUAAAGAAACACACACCCAUGUAAAGAAAUUGUAGACAGAUCGGAUAAAACGAAACUAAACCAAGCACAAGCUAAUGGCCAAAAUGCAGUUGACCGCGAAAAUCGACCACUGCAUUUGGCCAAGAGAAUUUCUUAAGCUACGGCACACAUCACUGAAAAAAAAAACUGAAAAUUGAAAACUGAAUGCUGAAUACUGAGAAUAGGAAUCAGUAAGCAGAAGACAAGAUCGAUGGUACUGUUCAGAACAUAUAUAGUUGUAUAUAUUUUGGAAUAAUGUUUACCAGUUCAAGUCAAAAUUAAAUGGAAAAAAAUGCAAAGUCUUUUAUAAUGCAAAAUUAUACAAAGGAAAAUUAUAAAUACAAUUUCGCAACGCUAAAAAAAUGAAAAACGAAAAUAUUGAUGUAAAAAGAAUGAAAAUCAAACAUAAAAUAAUAAACAAGAUAAAGUGCAAUUAUACGGUUUAAAUAAGCAAAUUUAAGAAACAAACGUUAUAAACAAAAACACAAACAUGUUAAAAAAAUGAGAAUAUUUCGAAGCAAGUUUAGCUACAAAUUCCAAGGCAACUGAUUAUGACAAGAACCAUUUACAAGAAAAACCAAGACAGCAAAGUACAGUGCGUUUCAUAACCCACAACACGGGCAAUAGAAUACUAGCAUUCCCUUGCCCAUGGAGAACUGAAACGCACGUAGGCCCUAUUUCAUAUUGAUAGGAUAAUCGGAUCCAAAAUCUGAAAACCAAAUUUGGGAUCAGCAGCGAUUAAAACCUUAACGGAAGUUCAUAACUGCAGAAAGGAAGUCGAAAGUCAAUAUGUCAAACUAGUGGUAGUUCGAAACACAAAAACAAAACAAACCAAUCGAGUGUAAUUGAGUGACAGCUUGAGAAUGUUGAAUUGUAUAGAAUUUUUGCUUGUGCACCUGGUCGUGGGGGGGCGUGGUUGCGCCCCCUUUUUGAUUUCUAGGUGGACAGGCGAAAACGCUCAGGUACGUGUUUUAUUUUUCGGAGAGAAACAAGAUUGAUUACCCAUACAUUACUUAUUCUUUGUUUUACUACAACAUAAUAGUUAAUAUUUGUAUAAAAAAAACGAUGAUGGCGAGAAGGAAAAACCAGCUAAAAAAUUGAUAUAUUCGUAAUAUAGAAUUGUUUUAAAUGGUUUGAGAGCGAAAAAUAUUGAGGGUUUCUAGCGUGCUUCAUGAAAUUGCUCAUAUUUGUGUAUAAAAUCUAAUUUGUUCAAUGCGAAUCAAAAUUUGCUGAAUAUAAGUGCAUAUACAUAUAUAUAAUUAGAGUUUAUUUUUCGGUUUAGUUAAGCGCAUAAAAUGAUUACGAUUUAAAUAAUUAUUAUUAAUUAUGACCUAAUAGUAGGCAAAUCAAAAUUUCUUCACAUAAAACAAUCAACUUCUACUUUCAAAUAUUUUCUAGACAUAUGUAACUAUAGUUAUUAUUCUAUUAUUAUACGGACUAAAAACUAUUUAGCGCGUUGUUAGACUCGAUUUAUGGUUUGUACAUAUUAGACGACAUUUUUAUGGUAUUCUCCUCUUUUUUUAUUAUUACUAGAAUUAUUACUCCCUAUUUUAAUUGACUUCUUAAAUGGGCAACAUCAUUUGAACUAUAGUGCAAUUGUUUCAAACAAAACCAAGCAACCAACAACAAAUAUAUUAACAUUAAAGAUUAAUAUAAUUUACAAGCUUUCUUUGCCGAUGCCAAGAAGGAUGAAUAACGCAUAUGUCUACCGUAUGGAUCGAAAAUCAAAAAUCAUUUUAAGUGCACAUAACUCUUUAAAAUAGCAAUUAGACUCUACGCCUAGGUUUUUUUCAUUAUUAUGCGCACGCUUCAGUCCAAAAAAUUGAAAUUCUCCACAUUCUCAUUUACAUGCUCAGUUCGAGACAUCACAAUCACAAGCCAGAAAAAGAAAACUCAAAACUUUUCACCUAAGUUCAACUUGAGCGAACGCAACAACUCAAGAUCAGCAAAGAUCACAAGCGAAAAUUGCUAAGAAACAAUAGCCCAGACGUGAUAACAACCACAAAAUAGCCACAACAAUAGCCCAAAAAUAAUUGAAACAAAAAUUGAUUAAAAGCCAAAAAAAAAAAUAAAUAAUAUGAACUUAAUUACAUGAAACUAAUUAAUUCAAAACGUGGACAUAAGACAUGUCCAAAGCUCAGAUAAAAUCCAAGCAGCCUAAAGUCGAUUGUACUUUUCUUUUUUCUAUCCACAAAUACAACCAACAACAACCAACAACAACAGCAGCAACCACAAUUUUAUUAAACAAUAGUACUACUCUAACUACAGAACUUAAAUAGCCACAAGUAAAUAGAAAUAGCCACAGCAAUUAACUUUAAACAAGAUGCCCAGACACAGACACACACAGAAACGUUUCUUCAAAACAGAUUUGUAUUCUUAGCCACAUAACCGAUACGAUACAAUAGCCACUUAAUUAGGAUCGAUCAUAGCCAAGCAAUAGAAUCAGAUACAAACUCAGAACCGGAAACAGGAAAUCGUCAAUCGCGAAUCGGAAAAAAGAAGCAGCAACAAAUCGAACUGCAAAGGCAAAAACCCAUUAUGUUAAUAAUGGGAAGAAAAAUAUAAUGAACAAAACCAAUUUUUAUUUCAAUUAUUAACUUAUAAACACAACAACAACAACCACAGCUCCACACAGUUACAGUUACAACAACAACAACAACAAUAGCCCUAGAAAAUAAUAUUCAUAAUUAAUCAAUCAAUCAAUCCGUAAAACCAACAACUUCAAUAGUUAUAAGCAAUUGGCGUAAAAAAAAGCGAAAACUACCAAAAUCUUAGCCAGGCAAAAGUUUUGAGCAUAUUUUUCAUUAUUUUUACAACAAACAAACAAACUGAUGUAAGUACAAUUCAUAAAAUUAGACUUCCGGUAAACUUUAAUAAAGAAAAUACAGCAGAAAAAAACAUUUUUUUUUGCAUUACAUAAUUGCUACAAAAUUCAAAAAGAAAGAACGAUUUUUUAGUGGAAAACAAAAGCCAAUAAGCAAAUAAAAAGAAUUCGCAUUAUUAUUAGCAAUAGCCCAUAAGUACAGCAAAAUGUAUUAGCAAUAAAGCUAAAAAAAAA